AUGAUUGGCAGAAUUGCAGUUCUUAGAAACGUGCAACGUUCUGUUCCCAAAAAAUGCGUAGACUGCACAUACAGUGUUGUCUCGCGUCGUUUUAGUACCAACGCUGUUCUGGGAAAACAACCCGUUGUCGCACAAGGGCGUGCCAAAACGGUUGAAGACAUCAACAAGUUUGUUCUCAACGCCAAAUAUGCUGUGAGAGGUCGCAUUCCACUUCUUGCUGAGUCAUUAAAAGAACAACUUGCCCAAAACCCAGAAUCCCUACCAUUUUCCAAGAUCAUCAACGCGAAUAUUGGUAACCCACAGCAAUUGGAUCAAAAACCGCUAUCCUUCUAUCGACAGGUGGUUUCACUUCUACAGAACCCAGACAUUGUGAAUCAGCUGCCUCCUGCAGAUUUGGCAAAGCUUUACAAGCCCGACGUUAUCGAGCGUGCCCAGAGAAUGCUUAAAGAUGUGGGCAGAUCUGUCGGAGCAUAUUCCCAAUCCCAAGGUGUGGCUGGAUUCCGUCAAUCGGUUGCUGAUUUCAUUGCUGAGCGUGACGGAGAACCUGCCAACGCCAACGACAUUUUUCUCACAUCGGGCGCCUCCGGCUCUGUUUCACAUAUUCUCCAGCUUUUCUGCUCUGGCCCUGAAAACGGAUGCUUAAUCCCCAUUCCUCAAUACCCUCUUUACACCGCCACGCUUGCAUUGAACAACGCAACGGCUUUGCCUUACUACCUUGACGAAGAAUCUGGCUGGUCAACAGAUCCACAACAAAUCGAAGACGUCGUUAAGGCAUCCAUUGAAAAGGGUGUCAAACCAAACGCCAUUGUGGUGAUUAACCCUGGAAAUCCAACUGGCGCCAUACUUUCUGCCGAAAAUAUUGAAGGUAUUUUCGAGGUCGCUAACAAAUACGGCUUGGUCGUAAUUGCCGAUGAAGUGUACCAGGAAAAUGGUUUUGACGAUGUUGAAUUUAUAUCCAUGAAAAAAGUGCUCAGAGUUUUGCAAAAGACUGAGCCUGGCGCUUACGACAACGUCCAGUUGGUUUCUCUUCACUCUAUUUCAAAGGGUCUAUCAGGAGAAUGUGGUCAAAGAGGUGGAUAUAUGGAAUUAGUGGGCUUUUCCGAAGAACUAAAGCAGGUAGUUUUGAAGCUAGCCUCGAUCUCUUUGUGUUCUGUCGUGACAGGGCAGGCUCUAGUGGACUUGAUGGUUCGUCCGCCCAAAGAGGGUGAGCCGUCAUACGAACAAGACCAGAAAGAGCGCAAUGCAAUUCACGAGUCUCUCAAACACAGAGCAUCUCUGUUACACAGUGCAUUCCAAAGUCUAGAAGGAGUUUCUUGCCAGAAGCCUUUGGGUUCCAUGUACUUGUUUCCUAAGCUCGACCUAUCAAAUAAGGCUAUCGCCAAAGCUGAAGCAUUAGGCAUGGCCCCUGAUGAAUAUUACUGCAAAGAGUUGCUGGAGGCUACCGGUAUCUGCACGGUUCCCGGCAGUGGAUUCCGUCAAGUACCUGGAACAUACCAUGUGAGAACAACUUUCUUGGCGCCUGGAACAGAGUGGAUUGAAUCAUGGAAGGAAUUUCACGAGAAGUUCUGGGAUGCCCAUCGCGACUAG